AUGCUACCCAUGGGGUGGUGGUUAGAUUCAUUGCCAGAUCUGCUGAAAGGGGAAGUGCACCAAUUGGUAGAAGAGCUUGUCAAAGGUGUACACUUAGAGAUUAUGACAAACAUCUUUUCUAGGUUCCAAGCUGCCAACAGUGGGGCAUUAACAGCAAGCGCAACUGAAUCUCACAAGAUCUCACCACGUUACGGUGUUAACGCAGCGGUACAAAAAGAUAAGGAAAAUUCAGAAACUCGCGCUACGUUUCAUGUUACAGCUACAGCUACCCCGUCAAAAGAUGCAGUGUUUUUCACAAGUGAAAAGCAAAAUAAAUCAUUAAUUUAA